GUGGCUGUGGCUGCCUUCUUCCCAGCCAGCCACACAGCUGGUUUUGAUCCAUUUUAAAUGAUAUUUUUAGGCUCUUUAUUUACUAUUUAUAAAUAUAUGACCGUAGUAAUAAAUAGUAAAUCUUAAGAUCUAAUCCUUCUUCUCGUUCUCAAAUACCACCACAGCACAAACACUCCUCCGCUUCUCAGCUCUCUCUCUCUCCCUUCUCCAUUUCCACAUUCUUCCGCUCCCAUCUCCAACCACCGACUCUACCGCUCCGGUGACUGACUCUGCUCUAACAAUAUCUCGCCGGCCGAGAUCUAUCUCUUUCUUUCUCUGAUCUGAAUACUUGAUUCGUGUAUUCAUCUUUUAUUUUAUUUUAACAGCAGUAGAGGGUGCAAUGUCGGCGGAUUUGAAUGUGAAUCAAAUAGAGGAGAAGAUAUCUGUUUUGGAUCAGCCUGAAGAAUCCGCUCGCGUUGAUUGUAAUGGGAAUGGCAAGGUUAAUGAUCAUCAUGGCCCUGAUCCUGUCUGUGCCGAAGACUCUGUAGCUGAUCAGGUUGGAGAAUUGAAGGCUGAUCGUGUCGAAUCCGAGUCCAUUACUGGGUUCCGUGACGACGACGAUCCGAUCGAGAAAGAAGAAGAUCUUCAGGCUGUUGAGAAGGGGAGGGAGGAAAAGUUGGCGGAGAUACCAGAAGAUCAUGAUGUAGAAGGGAACAAAAAGGAGUUAAUUAAUCAUGCUGAACUCUCAAAUGCAGUGGCAGAAGCUCAGGAAUCGCAAGACACAAGUGUGCAUGUUGCUGAAUCUGAGCUAAAUCGGUCAAAUAAUGAUGAGGUGAUGGUUGAAGAGGAAAGCAAAUUGAAUUCGACCAUUGACAUAAAAGAACAUGAAGAUUCUCAGGCUGUAGCUAUCAAUGGUGUUCAUAAUGAUUUGGAUUUGGAUCAGCAGAGGGACCUGGCAGAAGCUCAGGAAUCGCAAGACAAUAGUGUGCAUGUUGCUGAAUCUGAGCUAAAUCGGUCAAAUAAUGAUGAGGAGAGGGUUGAGGAGGAAAGCAAAUUGAAUUCGACCAUUGACAUAAAAGAACAUGAAGAUUCUCAGGCUGUAGCUAUCAAUGGUGUUCAUAAUGAUUUGGAUUUGGAUCAGCAGAGGGACCUGGCAGAAGCUCAGGAAUCGCAAGACACAAGUGUGCAUGUUGCUGAAUCUGAGCUAAAUCGGUCAAAUAAUGAUGAGGAGAUGGUUGAGGAGGAAAGCAAAUUGAAUUCGACCAUUGACAUAGAAGAACAUGAAGAUUCUCAGGCUGUAGCUAUCAAUGGUGUUCAUAAUGAUUUGGAUUUGGAUCAGCAGAGGGACCUGGCAGAAGCUCAGGAAUCGCAAGACACUAGUGUGCAUGUUGCUGAAUCUGAGCUAAAUCGGUCAAAUAAUGAUGAGGAGAUGGUUGAGGAGGAAAGCAAAUUGAAUUCGACCAUUGACAUAAAAGAACAUGAAGAUUCUCAGGCUGUAGCCAUCAAUGGUGUUCAUAAUGAUUUGGAUUUGGAUCAGCAGAGGGACCUGGCAGAAGCUCAGGAAUCGCAAGACACAAGUGUGCAUGUUGCUGAAUCUGAGCUAAGUCGGUCAAAUAAUGAUGAGGAGAAGGUUGAGGAGGAAAGCAAAUUGAAUUCGACCAUUGACAUAAAAGAACAUGAAGAUUCUCAGGCUGUAGCUAUCAAUGGUGUUCAUAAUGAUUUGGAUUUGGAUCAGCAGAGGGACCUGGCAGAAUUGAUCACCACUGAAGAUGUUUCUGAAUCUGAGCCCAGUCAGUCUAGGAAUGAUGACGAGAAGGUUGAGGAAAGCAAAUUGGGUUCUGAAGAUUCUCAGGCUGUAGUUAGCAAUGCUGCUCAUAAUUUUCUAGCCUCAGAUCAAGAGAAGAAACUGAAGGAAUUGAUGAAUAAUGAUGAUGUUACUGAAUUCAAGCCAAAACAAUCUAGCAUUGAUGUGAAGGUAGAGGAGGAAAGCAAAUUGGACUCGGCCAUCCAUGUAGAAGAAAUUGAAGAUUCUCAGGCUGCAGUUAUCAAUGGUGCCUGUAAUAGUUUGGAUUUGAACCAGGAGAAGGAACAGCCAGAAUUGAUCAAGGAUCUUCCUCUGGAAGAUUCUGUGGAGGAGUCUGGGGAUCCCCUCAAGCAGAAUCUGGAAACAGCUCCAUGUCCAGUCAUGGCUGAUGAAAAAUUGGAAGCAGAAUCUGCUGAAGGCCCUACAUCUGAUGAAAAUAGAGAUGGCUUGCCUGCUGGUCAUGCUCAAGAUACUGCUGCAGAAACUCCGGUUGUUGAUGACCUGGUUGAUGCCAAACAAAAUAUAUCUAAGAGCUCUUCUGAAAAUGUUGAACUUGUAGCAACUUCUGAUGCUGAAACUGGUCAGAGUUUUCCAAUUUCUAGUGAUAAUGGUACAACAGGAGAUGAAACAAGUCACAUCCUUAUGGAUGCUGUGCAAUCAGAAGUGCCACAUGCUAAUGGCCUUGAUAUUCAUGAAAAAGGAGGAUUGCUUACUAGCCAGGAAAGUGCUUCACAAACUGUUCUUGUUAAUGACUUUGUUCAUACACCAGAGCAAAACCAUACCUUAGAAAUCAGCACGGAAGUGUCCUCCCCUGCUGUUCUCGAGGAAGCACCUGUUGAAAGUAGUGAAAGUUUCCCAGUUUCUCCUAUCAAUGAUAUUGGAGCAGAACCAAUUGUCAGAAUUGAGGAUUCUUGUCCAGUAGAAGAUUCCAAGUUAUGUGAUAUUGUAAGAACAGAGACCAAGGUUGAUAACAUAGGUGAAAGUGCUGAUUCUCAUCCUGUUGAUGAUUCAAAAGUAGAGGCUGAAGUUGAGAAUGUCCUUGUUGCACCAAGUGGCCAUGCUAAUGAUGUGAAGCUAGAUAUUGGGGCUAGUUCCCAUUCCGUUGAAUCUGAUGAGAAAGUAUCUAUUUUGUCAAUCGGUAAUGUGGAUGUAGAAUCUGAAGUCACAGAAGCAGUGAACGAAGGUGAUAGCAACAGAACUUCUGUUUCCAUUGACAAUCCAGAUGGAGAAACCUUUAAAUGUGAUUCAACUGGGAAUGAAAGCUACAUGCCCAAAAUUGAAGUCCAAGCAGACUCAGAAGUUGAAAAUAUAUCAACUGCAGCAAGGGAAGAAGUGCCCAACAGAGAUGGCUUUGUGUCUCAGCUUGAGGGUGAGGUUAGUAAGAAUGAAACUCCCAAACCUACUUCGGAAGACUCUGCGGUUGUUACCUCUGAUGAGCAAUAUGUUGUUGCUGAGCUGGGGAAAGGGCCAUUCUACAUAAUUAAGGUUCCAAGAUUUGAUGAAAGAAAUUUAAGAGAGAAGGUUGAAGAUGCUAAAUUUCAAGUUGAGGAGAAGAGUAAAAUCCGGGAUGCUAUUCAAGCUCAAAUCCAAAUAAUAAAGGCCAAGCGUAAAGAGUAUGAAGAUAGCUUUUUAGAUGCCAGAUCAGAAGAGAAAGCUGCACGUGACUUGCUUAAGGCCAAGCGGAAGGAAAUAGAUUCUGUUCAAUAUAUAAUUAACAGAACGAGGAAUGCCCUUGAAAUUGAGGAAAUUGAUGGCAGGAUACGCUCUAUGGAACACAAGAUACAACAUGAAACCCUGCCUUUGAAGGAAGAAAAGCAGUUCAUUCGUGAUAUCAAGCAGUUGAAGCAAAUUCGAGAGCAGUUCUCUUCUAAUAUGGGCAGCCAGGAUGAAGUUCAGCAGGCUAUGGAUCAGAAAGAUCAAAGUGAAGAGCGCUUAAAGUCUUUGAGGAAAGAAGCAGAUGUAUUGAGAGACAGCCUUCUCAAAGCUGAAGCAGUCACUGAAGAUGCUAAGAAGAAAUAUAAUGAUGAACAUGAGAAGAUAAAUCAAUUGCUAUUUCAGCAUAGAGCUGCUAAUGAUAUACGACAAGAAGCAUUUGCGCAUUUGCAGAGUUUGAGGAAACAAUUAUAUGAAAAGAGUAAAUUUUUUUACAAGUACAAAGAUGAUUUAACAGCAGCAACUAAUUUGGCAUUGAAGGGAGAUAAAGAGGAACUUCAACGUCAUUGUGCUAACCAAGUGGAGAGAGUUAUGGAAUUAUGGAAUAACAAUGACGAGUUCCGGAAAGAGUACAUGAGUUCCAACAUGAGGAAUACAUUAAGGAGACUGCGGACAUUGGAUGGUCGUGCACUGGGCCCUGAUGAACAGCCACCCAUUAUUCCAAAUGUUGUUAGUCAAAGAGCGACCAAACACAAUGUUGCACCAUCAGCUCCUGCUCUUGAAGUAGAAAAGCCAGUUACACCUGUGGAGACCCAAAGGAUAGAUGAAAAAUCCACAGCAAAGCUUGGGGACAAAAAGAAUCAGACUGUUAAAACUAAAAGGCAGGCAAAACCUGCUUCCUUGGAGAAUGGUUUGCCAACUGUUUCUGGAAGAGAUCAGAUUGAAGAAUCAAGACAAGAGGAGAAUAAGCUUCCGAAGGAGGAAGAAUCAAGGCAAGAGAAUAAGCUUACGAAGGAGGAAGAAUCAAGGCAAGAGAAUAAGCUUACAAAGGAGGAAGUUGAGUUAGCCAGGAAGAUAGAGGAAUUGAGGAAGGAAAAGGAAGCAGCCAUGUUAAAGGAGCAACGGAGAUUGGAGGAGAAGGCCAAAGCAAAAGAGGCAAUGGAGAGGAAAAAACGAAAUGCAGAAAAGGCCCAGGCCAGGGCUUCGCUAAGAGCACAAAGGGAAGCUGAGCAGAAAGAGAAGGAAAAGGAGAAGAAGGCAAAGAAGAAGGAAAAAAGGAAGGCAGCAGCAGAGGAUACUAAAGAUAUCGAUGAGGUUGAGUCUGCUCCUAGUUCUGAAACUCCAACUGAAACCAAUGAGUCUGAAAGAACCGAGAAGCCUGUGACUGUGGCAAAGAGGCCUCAAAAGCAAACAAAGGCAAAAUCUAUGCCUCUGCCUCUUCGCAACAAGGGUAAGAGAAAGAUGCAAACAUGGAUGUGGGCCCUUAUCACACUGCUGGCUGUUGUUGCCUUGUUUUUUAUGGGGAACAGCAGCUUCUUUAAUCUUGGGCUGCAACAAAGGUUUGGCAUCUAAAUAUAUAAUAUUGUUUUUCUUUAGAUAAUAAUCUACAUUCUACACAGAGGUUUGGCGGGGUUUUCCUAUAGAUAUUUAAUUAAGCAAUUCUUUUGUACUCUUCCAGUGUUCUUUUCCAUCGAAGUAUGAUUUACUUACUCUCUGGGUUUUAUUUCAUACACCCCAUUAAUAGGUUGGUUUUUUCUGUUAUAUGCCAACAUUAACACACAUAUUCUGGUAUUGCUUUCAUUUAUUUAGUGUGAUAUAUAUAAUACAAUAAGUUUUUUGGCC